CUGAUAUCAGUCCCAUCUGGCGGUUACCUAUCCCUACUCCUACUGCUGUGCCUCUACCUUCCCUUCGAGCCUCCCUCCGAAACCACACCACCAGUCUCUCCCGAGUCCCGUCAAUGUCAUUUGUACUUCUAACUCAGGCCGCCUACGGGAGAGGUAUCCAUGGUAUCCAUUGAUCAACAGGAACAAGCGGAACACAACCGUCAUCAUGGUGGAUAAUGCGGAACGUCCAGUCCUGCGUGUAAGGCGUACCUACAGUAGUGUCAUGCUUGCCAUGCUCACCAUACUUUCCCUGCUUCCCUGCGAGGCGAGGCCACUGGCAGCGCCAAGUGAUGUUAAUAUACCUUAUUAAAGAUAUCGUCAAUUGUUUUUUGUUUUUUGUUUUUUUUGGCUGGGUGAUUCAAGCUUCCAAGUGCUUCCAAGACUUCCAUGGAUCUUCACGAUCCAUCCAUCCCGAUAGCCUGUCGUAUGUAUGUUGUCUGCCGUCGUCGAGAAAAAAUCUUCUGGAAAACCUUUCCAUAACAGGUUCACUCGCUCACUCGUCCUCGGUUCACUUAUACGAAACUUUCUGCUGAAUUAUGAUUGGCUGAUUCUGUCUGUGUACCGACAUCAAAGGUGACAGAUUUUGAUAUCAUGUGAGCGUCUUUUAGCGCCGCUUGCUUGCUGAGCUACUGUAGUGUGCAUUGCCUUUGUUGCUUCCAGCUUCCAGGAAGGAAGGAAGGACCCUUCGUGCAUAUGGAGUAUGUAUGUAAUGUAUGGAUCGUGUGUGUAUUGUAUU